AUGGCUAUGGUGGUGGCUACGGUGGAGGUGAUGUGGAGCAGGGAAAUGGCGGCUAUGAUGGGUAACAUGAACCAGGGUACUUCCGGGGGCCCCACCGCCAUCCUGAACAAGUGCAAGGAAAUCAACGAAGGUAUCACCGAGUUGACCCGCAAGCGCGAGGGCCAGCUGGUCUCCGCUCAGAAGGCUCUUUUGGACUCGAGCACCGGAAAGGAGGAUCAGUCUUCGCGCCAGACCCUCGACUACAUUGAGGAUGAGAUCAACACCGCCCUGCGAUACCUGCGCGAUCAGUUCAAGCGCGUCAAGGAGACCCCGGGAUCCGGCGACUCGCGCGUUCAGGGUCAGGUCGAGAACGUCAGUCGUAACCUUCGUCGCGAGAUCGAGGCGUACCAGCGCACACAAAGCGACUUCCAGAAGCGCUUGGAGGAGCAAGUGCGCCGUCGCUACGAAAUUGCCAACCCCGAGGCUACCCCCGAGGAAUUGGAGCAGGGUGUGCAGAAUGUCCUAAUGGGCCAAGAACAGAGCUUUGUGGUUCCCGGUACCCGCUCCCGUCAGGCAAAUGAUGCCCGCCAAGCGACCCUCCAGCGUUCCGCCGCCAUUCGCAAGAUUGAGCAGGAUCUGAUCGAACUCAGCCACCUCUACAACGAGGUUGCCGAGCUGGUACACCAGCAGGAGCCUGCCGUGCAGCAAAUCAACCAGGGAGCCGAGGAGACACACCGCAAUGUCGAGCAGGCCAACACCAAGCUUGACAGCGCUAUCCAGAGCGCCAAGAACGCUCGCCGCUGGAAGUGGUAUGCGCUGAUCAUUAUCAUCAUUAUUAUUGCGAUCAUCGUCGGUGUGGCUGUCGGUGUCACCCAGGCCAACAAGAGCGCCAACUCCAGCAAUUGA